CAAUACAACCGCUGCCCUUGCACCAAAGCAAUAUGCUAAAUCGAUUGUGCGGUGUUUUGAAAAACGAUGUUCGAUUUGCGUUUCGUUGCUGACAGAUUCACCAAAAUGGUGGCAACACAGUUGAAAGCAAUAGCGCUUAGUGGUGGUGCAUUUUGGUGUGCUUACUUUUGUUGUUUUUGCAUAGGUUGGCUGUUGUUUGGCAACAGUUGAUAAAAAAGGAAAAAGCAAACGAAAGUUGAUUGAAGCAAAUCGUGAAUUUUGGUAUCAAUGGUGAAUGCAGAUUUUCCGCAAAUGAUUUAAAACUCAUAAAUUAAAGAAAAAAAUAACUAGAUCACUUAAAUACCUAAAGGGAUAUAAAAUGAAAUCAAAGCGAAACAAAACUGAACCACAAUUCGAAGAAAAUGGUGACUCUGAAGCCGCAGACUGCAACGAAACCGGUGAAAAUUGGGAGAUACAAUCGCCUCAAGCGCAAACCCGGUGGACACCAGAAUGCACACGAGUUAUGCUGCAAUUGCGUUUUGAAAGGCAACUAGAGUUCCAACAACGUAUUAGACAGAAAAAAGAACUGUGGUCUGAGAUUGCCACUGAAAUGAGACGGCAAGGUUUGUGCGACUUUUCAUUAACUGCGGAAGUCUGUGAUUUGAAAUAUCGAAAUAUGCUGCAAACUUAUAAGAAGAAUAGAUUGAAGGAAGAUAGUGGUAUGCAGUCUUUAAUUGCGUGGGAGUAUUAUGAUAUUUUCAAGGAGGCAUUAACGGCAUCUGAUGACUUGGAUGCAUACCAAGAGGGGCAGGAACGUGUUGUGCCAUCAUUGUUUUGUGAAUCUGUAUGUGAGGUAACUAACGAAGACGAGAUAUGGUCGGAAGCAAACGAGACAGAUUCCAAACUGACACUUGGCGAUUCAACAGUUAAUGUUAAAACAAGUGCUUUAGAAAAUGGAAUAGAUGAUGCUAAAGCUAUAACAAAUACUAAUGCCAAUAGCAGAAAAAGGAGCAGAAGGUCUAUGAUGAAAUCUGAAGCGGUUAGCCCUUCCCCAACAAGACAACUGGAUACAAUAUCAACUAACGAGUCAAAAACAGCUAUUCAACGUCAAAAUUCAAAACCAGAAACUGUUGCGCUCGCCAACCCAAAUGAUGAAAUGAAUCCACCUCACGCUAAUGUUAAGCCGGAUACAUCUUUUCGCGUGCAACGGAAGCGUGUCUGCUCGUCUAUUGGUGUUCCACCAAUUUCUAUAAAUGUAGAAGCUACAAGGGCGGAUAUAGAACCUCAUAGCCAAGUUUCAAUAAAUGCCAUACAAAAUGAUCCCAUCAUAUCGUCUACUUCUGCCGCAACAAUGCCCAUUCCAAAUAUAAUACACGCACCACCUCUACAACCGCAAACACCACAACCGCCACAAUCUGCCGUCCCACCACUUGUUAAUCAAACACCCAUUACCAUUGUUCAUCCAAAUCAAUUGCAAGCCGUACCGAUUGGCUUAGCACCUUCUGAAAUGCGCGAGUGUCAAGUGUUUGGUGAAAGUAUUGGUUUACAAUUGGCCAAUGUUAGGGAACCGCACAUACGAGCGAUGCUACAAUUAAAAAUACAAGAACUUCUUUAUUUAGCGAAAACUGGAAAACUUGUGGAAACAACUCGCUUUUGAUAUGUGGAUUAAAAAGGGUUGACCAGGGCCUAUAACGAGUGUAUAUGUUCGAUUUUUAUUGCAUAUGAAAAAAGGAAUACGAAAUUAAAAGUCAUUUAAAAACUAAA